UCUAACGAUAUGGUGAAGGCCUACCCUCCCUUUGUCAACUUCUUUGAAAUGAGCAAGGAGACGAUUGUUCGUUGUGAAAAACAAAAGCCACGCUUCCACGCUUUCCUCAAGAUCAACCAGUGCAAGCCAGAGUGUGGCAGGCAGACCCUGGUGGAGCUGCUCAUCAGACCUGUACAGAGACUGCCAAGUGUGGCCCUCCUUCUUAACGACAUAAAGAAGCACACGCCAGAUUACAACCCAGACAAGGAAAAGCUGGAUAAAGCAAUCGAGUCUCUGAAAGAAGUCAUGACUCACAUCAAUGAGGACAAGAGGAAGACUGAAGGCCAGAAGCAGAUCUUUGAUGUGGUCUAUGAAGUCGACGGCUGUCCUGCCAACCUGCUGUCCUCCCACCGCAGCCUGGUUUAUCGAGUAGAAACCAUCGCCCUGGGAGACCAGCCUUGUGAUCGCGGGGAACAUGUCACACUCUUCCUCUUCAAUGACUGCCUCGAGGUGAGAAUGCACACAAACGCCAAUAAACAUUUGACAAUCUAA